AGGACAGCUUUAUAUAUACGUACGUUGAUUUCUUCCGCUCUCUCUCUCUCUUUCAUGAGCUAAUCGUACAAACAAAAUCAGGUCCAAGAAUUAGGGCUUUCAGGACAAAACCGAGAACAUGCAAGAAGCAGCGUUAGGUAUGAUCGGAGCCACAGUAGGCGGAGGAGGAGACGAAGACGCAGCCGUGGUGGCGGAGCAGAAUAGACAAAUGAAAGGUGAGAUAGCGACACAUCCCAUGUACGAUCAGCUAUUGGCCGCACACGUGGCAUGUCUGAGAGUGGCGACUCCCAUCGAUCAGCUUCCGAUCAUUGAAGCUCAGCUUUCUCACUCUCAUCAUCUUCUCCGAUCUUAUGCUUCGACAGCCGUUGGAUUCUCGCAUCAUGAUCGUCAAGAGCUCGACAAUUUCUUGGCACAAUAUGUAAUGGUGUUGUGUAGCUUCAAAGAACAGCUUCAACAACACGUGAGGGUUCAUGCCGUCGAAGCUGUGAUGGCUUGCCGUGAAAUUGAGAACAACCUCCACUCUCUCACAGGAGCGACAUUAGGAGAAGGGUCCGGUGCGACGAUGUCCGAGGAUGAGGACGAUCUUCAUAUGGAUUUCUCAUCUGAUAAUUCCGGCGUUGAUUUUAGCGGCGGACACGAUAUGACGGGAUUUGGUCCAUUGCUUCCGACUGAAUCUGAAAGAUCUCUUAUGGAAAGAGUUAGACAAGAACUGAAACUCGAACUCAAACAGGGUUUUAAAUCGAGAAUUGAAGAUGUAAGAGAAGAGAUAAUGAGGAAAAGAAGGGCCGGGAAAUUGCCUGGAGACACAACAACUGUCUUGAAAAAUUGGUGGCAACAACAUUGCAAGUGGCCUUACCCUACUGAAGACGACAAGGCAAAAUUGGUGGAGGAGACAGGAUUACAGUUGAAGCAAAUCAACAAUUGGUUCAUUAAUCAACGCAAGAGGAACUGGCACAAUAACUCUCAUUCCCUCACUUCCUUGAAGUCCAAGCGCAAACAGUGAUCUCUUCUCACUAAUUACUAGUAGUAUACAAUUGCCACUACAUUUACAUAUGCUACUUACAUUGCGCAAUAUAUGAAUUUCUUGUAUUUAGUAAUAACGAGGUGUGAUUAAAUAUCUUGUACUUAGCUUAUUUUACAUCCCAACACUAAAUGGUUUGUGCUUUUAGUGACUUACUUGUUGUUAUUGGAUUGUGAUUCAAUA